AUGAUAACAGGCUACGAAUGUAUUUGUGAACCUGGCUGGGAAGGAGAUACUUGUGAAGUGCCUGCGACGCAAGGAGCAAAUGUUACUGCAAUACCAACAUGGGGACUGCCGGAAAACAGUACAACGGCACCCAUAGUGACUACAGCUGAGAGUGGCAUUGUGCUUCAAGACGACGGUGUAACCGAAACUAUAGACGGAACGAGCGCAGAGCUUCACUGGUGCUACGGGUUCAGGCCCAGUAAACAAGUGAUCUUUGAGGCCUGGUGGUUCAAACAGACUGGUGGUGAUCAGGUGCUGGUGGCCAGUCGUUACCCAGCUAGGAAUGCUUCUGUCCAGUCCAGAUACAAGGGGCGAGUGGAGGUAUUUGGUGACGCAGACCUACUACUGAAAGCAGUAAGCCCAGCAGAUGUCGGCACGUACCAGUUGUUUGCCGCCUUCAGUGAUGCUUCAGAUCCGCUGUGGAAGGACAGGCACCUCGUGGUUUACUACCCACCGACGAAUAUGGAAGUCACUUCAAGCCUUAGUGCAACAGAAGGAGACCAGGUGACGAUUCUGGCCCACGCCAACAGUGUGCCACCUCCUACAUACCUGUGGACAAAAGUCAACGGCUCACUUCCGAGUGAUUCUGUCAUGAACAUGACUACUGGAACAUUUACAUUACCGCACGCUACACUAAAUGACAGUGGCACAUACAGGGUCGUCGCUAGUAAUGACCUGGGAAACUCGUCAGGCGUUACAAUCCUAACAGUGGAACAGGCAUUUAUAAAGGCCAACAAUCUCGGAAAUUUGGACUUGAAUACACUCCUUACAGCUGAAACGACUGCAGCCGGCGGACGGUCCACCCCACGGACGGUCCACUCCACCCGUGGUGGCAGACGGCCCAACCCACACGUGGUGACGGCUGCAGUGGUGCCAUCCGUGGUACUACUUGUACUGGCAGUAGUAGCGGCAGUUCUGGGAUACCGGUGGGUCAGAAAGAGACAAAGCGACAAGCACCCUGAAGAGCAGUUAACAGAAGUGCACAGACCACCGCUCCCACUCCCUCCCCCUGUGCCGGCUCGGCCACAGUUCCUAGAGUACGAGGUAAACCCGACUGAUCUACAACUGAAAGAACAGAUUGGCAGAGGGGCCUUCGGCGUCGUGUUCCUUGCGUCUUUAAAGAAAGUUGUUGAUGGUCUUCUUACUGAACAAACAGUGGUGGUGAAAACUGUUCAUGAGGAUGCAGGAGUAGAGGAGAUAAAGAAUUUUAUACGAGAGGUCGACACCACCAUCAACCUAAGGCAGCACAUCAACCUGCUCGGUUUGGUGGGGUGCUGCACGCUGUCCCACCCUCCCUACCUGGUGACGGAGUACAUGCCGUAUGGAGACCUCAAGAACUUCCUACUGAAGUGCAGAAAGUCGGAUGGGGGACUCCGUGACAGUAUGUAUGACUUCAAGGAGAAGAAUGUCUACCAGGUAGCGCAGCAGAUAGCUAACGGAAUGGCCUACAUUUCCCAGGCUGGUUACGUGCACGGUGACCUGGCCGCCCGGAAUGUUCUAGUAGGAGAGGACCUUUUGGUGAAGAUCGCAGAUUUCGGCCUCACUACAGACAUCUACGAGCGAGGCUACCAGCGGCAGGAUGCGGAGCAGAGAAUCCCCCUGAGGUGGAUGGCGCCGGAAAGGCUGCUGCGAGAGGGCCGGUACACCAGCAAAAGUGACGUUUGGUCCUUCGGUGUGGUGCUGUACGAGAUCGCUACGCUAGGGAACGUGCCCUAUCCAGGUGUAGAACGCACUGUGCUCAUGGAGGAACUCCGCUCUGGGUACCGGGAACCUCGCCCUCCUGGCCUCAAUCAAGACCUGUAUGACAUGAUGCUGCGGUGCUGGCAAUGGGAGGAAGACCAUCGCCCAGAGUUUCAGGAGCUUUACGAGGAGCUGAACGCUGCUGUAGAUUCCAUGACAAAGGAUUGUGAAAAAUCUUGCUCCACCUCCCCACAGUGUCAGAAUGGGGCAACAGAACCUGCUGAAAACUCGAACGACAUCCCAGAACUGGCCCCAACAAUGAUGCAACUCCAUGCUACUACAGACGUCUACGAUGAUGUUGACUCACUCACUUCUUCAAAGGAAGACUCUAGUUCUGAACCAGUGGAGACAAAGGUCGCUCCCACGACCUUCGUCGAGGGGGGUCGCUCCCACGACCUUCGUCGAGGGGGUUAA